AACGACGGUCCCCCGCAAUUGGAAUGCACAAAAGGAAAUGCAUGUGAGGCGGGCGACAAUAUGAGCGAUCCAGAGACAGUUGAGCUCCCCGACUGGCUACAGCAGCUAGACAACCGCCUGUGAAACCUUGGACAAUCUUGGACAACCUAGGACACCCGUGGAACAGCUCGGCACAUGUUGAUGUCAGAUAGUUUACCCCUCCUCUUGUACAAGAGAUGAGGGUAUUCCAUAUGGUCUGUUCGGCCUGAACUCUGUUCUCCCUCUUCUCUAACCUCCCGUCACCUCCCGUCUUUCAUCCAUACCUUCCAAAUACUAAACCCUUUUGCCUGUAUUAUCUGUACUAAACAUCAACUCUAACGAAAGAACCCUUUCUCAUUUCCUGUUCAAUUCCCACAAUUCGGAUCCUGCCCCACGUUGGUCUAACUCCCUUCCACUUUCAACAUGUGACAGCAAGCUGACCCAGCGAAAAGGAACGAGUCCAACCACACCCUGUUCCAGGAUUUAGACGAGACGACGACGACGACGACGACGACCGCGACACCGCCAACCUCAACCCGGAAAUUCUUACAAUGGCACCACUUACGCCCCAUUGGACCCAGCCGUCCCACCCGGACAUCCAGGAUGUCGUCAAGGCGAGCGAGACAGAGUUUCUCACCAAGAGCUUCUCCAAGGUCUCUCUGCCGCCCUUUGCGGUUUACGCAAAGAUGUCUUUCCCACCGUGCGAUCUGGCCGAUGAGCCAACGUAUGCCACCGUUCAGUGCGGCAAGGCUAAGCACUUGAACCUCAACAGUGACUUGCUGUACAUUAACCACUCGUGCGAACCGUCUCUUAUUUUUGACACGGGCAACUUUAAUGUUCUGGCUGGGCCGAAAGGACUUCAGCCCGGCGAUGAACUGACGUUCUUCUACCCCUCCACGGAAUGGCACAUGGCCCAGCCAUUCGAUUGCUUCUGCGGCACCCCCUCGUGCCGUGGCAAGAUCGGCGGCGCACGCGACAUGUCCCGCGCCCAGCUGGAGGGUCUCUGGCUCAACGGCCACAUCCGCGAGCUCCUUGAGGAGCGCGACUCAGGGGCUCGCUCUGAGAACGACGACCCCACGGCCCAGGCGCUGAGAGAUGCCCUGAAGGCCGCCGAGCGCGUCGUCGAGGCAGCCCGCUCUGCCCUGAGGAGCUACACCGAGUCCACCACCGGCAACAGCAACGGAACCCAGCAGCAACAGCAUCUGCAGACGGCCAAGAACGGUGUCAAUGGUUCCAAGGCCGGUCGUAACGGCGCUAGUGCCAGGGAGCUGGGAGGCGAGUUGGGCGGCGACACGCGCUCUGCGUAAAGGGAUCGGGCUCUUGUUUUUGCAUUCCAUCCAUCUAUCCGUAUGCGUUUUUCUUGAAAUCAAAACGGUGAUGGGGAGGCGGCUUUGGCUUGGCCCGUGACGUGUAGGAGGGGCAACUCAACUUGUCUUCUUCGCACUCUCUUUUUUCGCGUUGUUUUUUCCUACUUUUGUUUCAUGCGAUAUUCAACAUCUCGCUUUUUCUUCUAGAUACAAGUACGAUGCAAAUAAGAGGUCCAGAUUGGAACCUGAAGACGAGAUGAGAUGGCGGAGUUGAGAAUCGUAGAAAAUAGAAUGGGAGCACAAAAAACAGAGGGUGUUGGUGGAAGACAUGGUGAGGUAGCCGUUAUAAAUAUCAUUCCUACAACCAAAUGUCUUGAUAACCGCGAAUGUCACGACCGUCGAAGCA